AUGCCAUUCGCCCCGCCGGCUCGACCGAUUGCUGCCGUUGCCCCGGGUCGCAAGAGGGAUCGGGAGGCCUUAAACGCUGGGGCCGCAGCGGUUGAGGCCGCGCCGGCCGAAGGUGUUGCCGUUGAGACGGCGGUGCUAGAGCAGCCGAGAAAAAGGGUCCUCCUCGUUCUUUCGGAGGCCGAGGACUAG